AUGACGGGUUUAAUGAAGGAACGGGAGGAGCAAGCGACAAAAUUCGUGGCAACUAAGUCAGAUUCGUCAGCCGUGGAGAGUGAGGAGGCUGGAGAGGAGCAGUCGGUGUCAGUACAGCGCGAAGUUGUCGGCGCCUCGAAGAGGAACGUGGACCCUUCCGUCACCAAUUUCAAGAUUCAUGAAUGGCGGGCUCCUGAAGAACUGAGACCGACGACACGCACUGAGCUAUUGGAUGCGCUCGACGUGGCCAUUCACACAUUCGCACCAGAGAAGGUUGAGAAUAAGGAACGCCCUAUCGCACUCUCCAACUAUGAGCCAGAGUUCAAGUUCAGAGUCAUCGCCGCCGCUGCUAAAAUCACUGGUCGCCUCGUGCCCGACAACGUGCUUACACGGAUAAAAAGUGUUGAAGAGUUGGUGGAUUACUACACCAAGCCGGCAGAGCCGAAGCCAAAGAACCUUUACGAGGUGUUGAGUGCGAUGGAGUUCGAGUCGGGCAACGUGAAGAUCGAGCCCCGCAAGCCGAGGAGGAGCCACAGGGACGCAUGA